AAAAUUUUAAAAGUCUGAAUAAUUCUCCACCCUUCCCAUGUUCCGAUCGAGCGCGCUGAAAUAUGAUUUAAAAUAUCUGAAGCGAACGAACCACAUUAGCUGUAUGUUCCUCCCGGAGGAAUUUUGUCAACGUACCUGAAAAACGAACGGACUUGCGCUCUACUCUCAAGGAAGUGCGGAGAAAUUGAUGCGCUUUUUUCAGCUGAGUUAGCUCAUGUUAAAAGCUGAUCAUUUAUUGUUCUUAUUGUUUAUACAACCUGAGAUAAAUUGCUCCCAAAGUACGGGAUAAAAAUCUGCCAGAGGAGAUACGUCACAUCUUUGAAAAUGCCUCGGAGAAAGAGGACCGCAGGCAGCAGCUCGGACGGGACGGAGGACUCGGAUUUUUCCGCUGACCUCGAGCACACCGAAGUUUCCGAGAGCGCGCACAGACGCAGCAGCACGCGCUUGACUCGCGCGUCAUUGCGCCUCAGUCAGAGCUCACAAGAUAACUGCAGCUCAGUACGGAGCAGCUCUCCUGCAGCUGUGGGUCCUGAUGAAGGCCUGGAUUCAGCAGCAGAGUCUGCAGCAGCAGCAGCAGUGGCAGCGUCUGUCUUCUCCUCUGGGCGCAGGGUCACACGCAGCCAGCAGGGGGCGACAAACACCACAGCCAAAAGAUACCCACUGCGUCAGAGUAGGUCGUCUGGCUCGGACACUGAGGCCAAUGUAGACCUAAAGCAGGGGGCAGACCGGGACGAGACCCCUCCUCGCACCCCAACAGGCAACGCCCCAUCCUCCGAGUCAGACAUCGAGGUUUCCAGCCCAAGCAACGACCUUGUGUCUUCUAGCAACGAUAUUGUAGUUUCACAAGAGGAGGACGAGAGAUUGGCUAAAGAGCUGUCACUCAAAGAGGCCGCCGCCCACGACCUUUCCCACCGGCCCAAACGACGGCGCUUCCACGAGAGCUACAACUUCAACAUGAAGUGUCCCACACCUGGGUGCAACUCGCUGGGUCAUCUAACAGGAAGGCAUGAGAGACAUUUCUCCAUAUCUGGGUGUCCUCUCUACCACAACCUCUCUGCUGAUGAAUGCAAGGGCAAGGCAUCAACGCGCGACAAACAGGCUGAGGAAAGGACGCUGUCACACCGUCAGGACGAGAACAGACAUUCCACAAGAAACCAGGCCCCAUCAGAUCGUCAGCUGCGCUACAAGGAGAAGGUGACAGAGCUGAGGAGGAAGAGGAACUCAGGCCUCAAUAAAGAGCAGAAGGAAAAGUACAUGGAGCACCGUCAAAGCCACGGGACAAGCCGGGAGCCACUGCUGGAGAACAUCACCAGCGACUACGACCUCGAGCUGUUCAGGAAAGCGCAGGCACGUGCCUCGGACGACCUUGAGAAGCUCCGUCUUGCCGGUCAGGUGUCAGAGGGCAGCAACAUGAUAAAGACCAUCGUGUUUGGUCGCUAUGAGCUGGACACCUGGUACCACUCUCCAUACCCAGAGGAGUACGCCCGCCUGGGGAGACUCUACAUGUGCGAGUUCUGCCUUAAGUAUAUGAAGAGCCAGACUAUUCUGCGCAGGCACAUGGCUAAGUGUGUGUGGAAGCAUCCCCCAGGUGACGAGAUCUACAGGAAGGGGAACAUCUCUGUCUUUGAAGUGGACGGAAAGAAGAACAAGAUUUACUGCCAGAACUUGUGUUUGCUGGCCAAACUCUUCCUGGACCACAAGACUCUGUAUUACGAUGUUGAACCUUUCCUCUUCUAUGUCAUGACUGAAGCUGACAACACAGGGUGUCAUCUGGUUGGAUACUUCUCUAAGGAAAAGAACUCUUUCCUGAACUACAACGUGUCCUGCAUCCUCACUAUGCCACAGUACAUGAGACAGGGCUAUGGCAAGAUGCUCAUAGACUUCAGUUACCUGUUGUCCAAGGUAGAGGAGAAGGUGGGUUCACCUGAGCGUCCUCUGUCUGAUCUGGGCCUCAUCAGCUACAGGAGUUACUGGAAGGAGGUGCUUCUGCGUUACCUGAACAAUUUUCAGGGCAAGGAGAUUUCCAUCAAAGAGAUCAGUCAGGAGACAGCAGUGAACCCAGUGGAUAUUGUCAGCACAUUGCAGUCUCUCCAGAUGCUCAAAUACUGGAAGGGAAAGCACCUGGUCUUAAAGAGACAGGACCUUAUUGACGACUGGAAGGCCAAGGAGACCAAACGUGGUAACAGCAAGACGAUUGAUCCCACAGCCUUAAAAUGGACACCGCCUAAAGGGACAUAGAGGAACUUCCAUUCACACUCCAAAACACACACAAACACGUCACAAACAGAUCCUCCUCUGUACACUGGCAUGCUCACAGACCCUGAGCCUAAACCCUCACACGCACUCUUGUACAAAUCGCUUUCAGCAGCUGCAGCACAGUCAUCCACUUACAGAGGUAACUGUUACUCUGGGUUCAAGCUGUCACUGUUAUGGCUCAGGAGACUGACCACAGUCCAAUAAAUAAUAUAAAACAACACAGGAAACAAAUUAAGCAAAUAUCAUUUGUUCCUGUAUUCAAACAGGCAUAUGUAGUAAGUUUGUAAGAUAUGACUUUGCAAAAUUUAACUGAUCUGUAGUGAGAGUUUCCAUCAAUAGAUCAGCAUGGGCCUCAUAAUGAACUGUACUCUUAAAAUUGUACCAACAUGUAAAAAAGUGUAGCAUCCUUUUUUUUGAAAAUGCAAGAACAACUGCCCUUAUAUGACUAGCCAGAGUAUAGAGCCCCAAUGUGAUCAAUAUUAGUGAAUUGAUUAAAUAAAUAAAUAAAUUACAAAUAAAUAAUCACAUGAAUAAAUUGUGUAAUACAUACAAAUGAAAGAAAAACUGGUGAAACAACUUAAGUUACAGCUUUUACAGGAGUUCAUCUUUAUUUCGUAAUAUAAUCUUUUUUAUUUUAAAACACCCUUAAAAAGACUGCUUUAUAAUUGCAUUUUUCCCAAAAACAUUUUAUUUCAUGACGUUCUUCAUUUCAUAACUUUUAAUUCCAUGUCAUUUUCCUAACAGUGGCAACGUCACGGCCAUUUCACCUUCAAGGUUAUCACAUGCUUCCUGUUUUAUAAUUAAGCUAACAAGCUUGUCAUUGACCGAUCUGCACCAGAAACCCAAUUUGUUUUAUGCACAUGCAAACUGUGGCUACUUCUUGACACAGCUACCCUAACCCUGACCAUCACACAUGUAGAACAAAUCAGGUUUCCAGUGAUAUAAAGAUCAGGCUGGCACAAGCUCAACAGCUGCUAUCAGAUUUAGCCAGUUUGCUCCUGCUAGCUAGAGCAACAAUACUGCCAAAGUAAUUCUGUAUCAACUAUCUGCUCACUGCUGUAAGUAAACUGAAUAAGCAGGCAGUAACUAUAUUGUUUUAUGUAUUUAGUUUCACAAGGCUACACAUGCAACACAACUAGUUGGCUAACUAGUUUGUGUGGGUUGUGAGCUUUAUUACUCUGCAUCAAAGUGAGGAGCCAGUGGUUUUGACAGCAACUAACAUUAGCUGGUUCAUUCAGAGGUACUUUACUUUGAUAAUGAGUAAUAAUCCAAGUUCACACAAUGGCCUAGCUAGUUAGCCGGUUAGGUAUGUAGCAUGAGCUAGGGUGUAAUAGCUAAAGAGGUUUCAUUACUGUGUCUAACUGUGUUUAUUUACAGCAGCAGCCUCUUGUUGGAUGAUUCAGAUUACUUCGACAUUGUUGUUGUUCAAGCUAACAGGUGCUAAUUGGCUAAUUCUCGUAGCAGUUGUUGAGUUUGCUAGCUUAAGAGAGGCAGGGGGCCAUGACUGGCUGAAAGAUGAGAGCGUGGUGACAUCACUGUCAUCAAAAGUGACACUGUAUAAUAAAAUCACACACAUCAGACAAUGAAUGAAAGUGUCAUUGGGAAAAAAGGGCAUUUGAAAUAAAAUUAAUUCAGUAAUAUUUUGUUAUUUUAAAUGAUAUUUUUCUUUUUUUUAUCCUGUUAUUUCUCAGAUUGUUUGUUCAUUUCAUAUUUUACGCAAUUUCUUUAUAAGAUUACAUGCUUCACAAUGUUUUUAAAAAAUUUUUGUUUACUGUUAAAACGUUGGGGUUCCAUAGAGGAGAGGCAGGUAUUUACCAUUUUUGUUUAAAUUGUCUAUUUCCAGUUUCAGGCUUAAGCUAAGAUUCUUGUCCAAUGUACAGUGGACUAAAAUGUAAAAUAAUGGGCCAGUAGCCAGUGAUGACGGUCUAUGUAGAAAGGCCAGUGAUAUCUCUUCAACCUCAUUUGUUAUCUGAAAAGUGAAAGUAAUUGUGCGUUGUUUGCGCUCCACCUCCCAGACACUUAAUUAGCACAGACCACCAGGCACAUCCGCUAAUUCAAUCUGUGACAGCCGGUAUCGAACCUGUGCUGCAUUUCAUUCUGUGCUUAAGACAGAACGCAUGUCGGCAGCACACUGACUCAUUCAACACACUUUGGCAGACACAAACCAGCUGGCUGUGAUUAAACAGGACACGGCCAAGGCUCAAAAUGCAUCAAGUUUCUAAGAAUAGGAACCCCUGACCUCAAUUUAACACCCAGGUCACAUGACUGAAUAGAGAGUUCCCACACAAACUGGAAAAGAUGAAAAUGAAUUUGAUCAGUUCCACAAGAGAAAAUCUGGAAAAUAUUAUAAAAAAUAUUGCUGUUUAGUAAUCCCCAUGUGAAUAAAAUACGACCUAACAUUAACAGUACACUUUGUACAUUUUUGUCUGUAAACACUAUAAUGGUUGAAAUGGUAUGAGGAGUUAAGAUGGUAUCAGGUCAAGUCUUUUACCUCACAGAUUCUCUUUAUGUGUAAUGAAAUGACACACAGACCAAACAGUGGCUGUUUGAACUCAGAACAAAUCAAUUCCGCUUCUCUGUCAUGCAACAAACACACACAUUGUGUCCAGUGUUUAACCCAUCUCACAAGUCAGAUAACCAGGAAGCUAUAGCUGCCAUUGGCCGUGUUUGCACUGUUAUGUCACAAAGAUGGGACCUUUUGUUCCUGUCCCCCACCCCCACUUUUUUAUUUUUUUUAAGUUUUAUCUUAGUGUCAGCUGUGUUAUUUCAUGAUGUCUACACUUGUAUUCUGAACAGUGAAGAUAUAUAAAGUUCUCAAUGAUAUUUUACACUUUUUCUACCUCUGAGGUUUUACCACUGUAUAAAAGCUAGAACGGCCCAUUUUUAGUUUGUUUUCUUUUUUUUUAUUCUGUGUGUUAACGUGUGAAAAUAUGUAGCCGUGUUUGGCCAGCAAGUUUUUUUAAUUAGAUUUUUUUUUUUUAAAUGUGCUAUUUAUAUUCUUAAAAAAGAUAUGUUAACUGCGUAGAACGUAAAAGACAAAGUCUGGUAGGGGAAUGUCUACUCUAUAGGACCGGCUUCCUUGUGAAUAGAAAUAUUUAUCUAAAAUUUAUUUGUAGAUUUGAAUGUGUUUAGAAGCUCUUGAAAGGUACAGGAGGGAGAAUCCAACCACCACCAACAAAGACAAUGACACAGGUCAUUUUCAUUUCAGAGGUUUAUCUCCUGUUAUCAAAAGUGACAUGAUUGAAUCAAAAUGUGUCGCUUUUGCACAUUGUCACUAUUUGUUACCGCCAUCAUUUUUGCUGCGAGCAUUUAGGAAAAUACAAGCAUGACCUUUGUGUAUUAGACCAGUGAACACGGUCAGCAGCAGUUUUGUAAUUGUUUUUAUUCCACUGUGUUUGAUAGAAGACUGGUUUUAUUUUAUUGACAAUCUCCAUAUUUAUUGAUUAAGAUCAACAUGUAAACUUUGUAACAAGCUUUUAGGAUUUGUUAACAUUUUGGGAAAUAGGCACGUCACUUUCUUAUCCAGAGUUAGACAAUUGAUACCACCCUCUUGUCUGAAUUUAUUUAUCAUUACGAAUUAUAACCAGCAGGUGUAACAAAAUGGUACAAAGGCUGAACACGUUCAUAAACUGUUAGCUUGGCUCCAGAACAUUAACCCCAAAAAAACAACUUAUUUUUGCAGUUUGGUUUUUGUUCAGAUUAAAUAAACAAGGUGUAGGGUUGUCAUUGGUGGGGUUUAGAGGUGAUAGUAGGCAGGUUUUAUUACCUUUGGACUGAGCUAGGCUAGUUGUUUCCCCAUUUCCAGUCAUUAUGCUAUGCUAAGCUAAGCUAAGUGGCUUCUGAUGGCAGAUGCAUUUUUACCGUACAGACAUGAGAGUGGCAUCAGUCUUUUCAUCUAACUCGACAAGAAAGAAAAUAAGUGUAUUCUCUGAAAUGUCACACGAUAUGUUGUGCGUAAGCUUCGACAGCAGUUGGCUGUGAAAUUGGAGGUGUGUAGCCAACAAUGUCAGAUUGAAUCAACUUUUUUCUUUUUUUCCCCAGAAUUCUUUUUUUUGUUUUGUAGCUUUGUGUCAUAAUUUCAAAUGUGGAGGAAUCAUUUUCUUUCACUAGCUACAGACUGAAGUUACAUUUGCUUUUCUUGUGCUAUCUUUAAAGUGCAAAACAUUUAAGAUAUGUUGUGGGUUUUUUUCUUUCUUUUUUUAUGCCAUAGUGAUGUUUUCUUUCUGCCAUCUGUGGAUUAACGUGUCUGUAUUUUACAUCUUCAUAUUUUCUUUAUUCCUGUGGUUGUUUUGCCUGUUUUAAGAUCUUAACAUGAGGGAGUUCAUGUGUCAUGUCACUGACUGGCAACUCAGAAUCAUUGCCAACAGUGUAUGCAUUUCAGAGGAUACAUUUAUCCUUUUAGCACCUCUUCUCAAUAACCACCACCCCCCCGACAUGUCUUAAUGACUGACGUAACUCAUGACUGUUGUGAGUGUAGAGAGUGUUUUUGCCUGUUCUUAAGUGCAUUUACAGGAAAGUGCACUUACUUCUUGGAGGAAUUUCAAAGAAAAAAUCCUAAAACACAGCCUGAGAUGAUCUUUCACAUGUGACUGGGGCAGUUUUGUUCUUGAGUGUACUUUUGUUUUUGCUGAAAUCAUGUUGAGGUAUUAUGUGCAUAGGUAGGAUGGAAUGAUUUUAAAUGAUCAACAGUAAACAGUUAUACAGGGAGAAAUCCAUCAGAAGCAGAGAAAAUAUAUUCUGACAGUAGCAGAAAAUGGACCUUAACAUUUUUCACGACUGGCAAAGACUCAAUAAAACAACACUUUGUCAAAAACAACAUCUGGAAUGUGUUCAACAUUACAAAUCAGUCAGUGAAAGUAUCUAAGAGUGAUCGUUAUUCUUUAAGAUGAGUCCUGUUAAGGUAAUCUGUCCGUCUUGAGAUCACAAUCCAUUUUUAUUUCUCUCAUUUCUUUCAUCUUGUCUUCCUGUUAUCCUCUGUGCCAGUGGCAGCUAUAGAUAGGCAGCAUCUGGCAGGUUAUUAUCACAUCUGAACAGGAUCACAGUUGCUUAGAGAAACAAGAGGCAUUCCAUCCACCUUCCAUAGGCCAGCGAGCUGUUGUAGUACUGCUCCCUAUUUAAACUAAGCACACAAAGCAGCGACACUCAAAAGUAGCGUGGCAUUGAUAUGUAGCUCAGUUGUGCUUUUGUACUUGCUUCUCCCCCUGCCUUCCCCUCCAAUAAAUGCAAAUAGUGAGCUUUGCCUUGA